UGUAAUGCUCCUGUCCAAUUAAAAUAAGAUACUAUUCUUACGUUAGUUAUGAUUGGUUGCUGGCGGUGAUAUAUGUAUAGAUGUGCAUUUUCUGCUGAACUAUGGGGCGGGACGAAGCAGAAUGGUGUUUAUUCAGGAAUAGACUAAAGACGUGCCUCUUCGUACUGAUUGAUUACCUUAAACACCAGAAAAGUUUCCAUUAAACGAAGAUUACGUUCACCAGAUAACGUUACCAAACCUUUAGAGAAUUCUUGAACUGGCUUCAAGUUUCAGUCCCGAUAACCAGCAAAGUAAAGAAGGGCGAUAUGCCACAUCAGAUUACAACCCCCAAAAGUGUAUUACCUCCACCAACUGGACGGGGUUAACAAACCAAGUGAUGGAGCCCAUGGCUGUGAGCAUCUCAGUGGUCGGGCCGGAUGAGUUCAACCGCAACAUGCCGCGCAUCUGUGGCGUCUGCGGCGACAAGGCCACCGGCUUCCACUUCAACGCCAUGACCUGCGAGGGCUGCAAGGGCUUCUUCAGACGCAGCAUGAAGCGGAAGGCCAGUUUCACCUGCCCCUUCAACGGCAGCUGCUCCAUCACCAAGGACAACCGGCGCCACUGCCAGGCCUGCCGGCUCAAAUGCUGCGUGGACAUGGGUAUGAUGAAGGAGUUCAUCCUGACAGAUGAGGAGGUGCAGAGGAAGAAGGAUCUGAUCCAGAAGAGGAAGGAGGAGGAGGCGGCGCGGGAGGCCCUGAGACCAAGGCUGAAUGACGAGCAGAGCCAGGUCAUCGCAUCAUUGGUGGAGGCACACCACAAGACCUACGAUAACUCCUACUCCGACUUCACACGCUUCAGGCCCCCGGUGCGAGACGGGCCAGUAACACGCAGUGCCAGUCGUGCAGCCUCCCUUCACUCGCUGUCAGAUGCCUCCUCAGACUCCUUCAACCACUCACCAGAGUCGGUGGACACCAAGCUGAUGAAAUUCAGCAGUCUGUUGAUGAUGUACCAGGAAAGUGCAGGCAGCCCGGACUCCAGUGAGGACGAUGGCUCCAAGCUCUCCAUGUUACCCCACCUGGCUGACCUGGUCAGUUACAGCAUCCAGAAGGUCAUUGGCUUCGCUAAGAUGAUCCCUGGCUUCAGAGGGCUGAUUGCUGAGGACCAGAUCGCCCUGCUCAAGUCAAGUGCCAUCGAGAUCAUUAUGCUACGCUCCAACCAGUCUUUCGACAUGGAGGAUAUGUCCUGGAGCUGUGGUGGUAGCCCUGACUUCAAGUACUGCAUCACCGACGUCACCAAGGCGGGUCACACUCUGGACCUGUUGGAGCCGCUAGUGAAGUUCCAGGUGGGCCUGAAGAAACUCCAGCUCCAUGAGGAGGAACACGUGCUGCUCAUGGCCAUCUGCCUGCUGUCUCCAGAUCGUCCAGGGGUGCAGGACCACGCUAAGAUAGAGGAUAUCCAAGACAGUCUGUCGGAGGUGCUCCAGGCUUACAUCAGGGUGAACCACCCGGGAGGACGGCUGCUCUACGCCAGAAUGAUCCAGAAGCUGGCCGACCUGCGCAGCCUCAACGAGGAGCACUCCAAACAGUACCGCUCGCUGUCCUUCCAGCCCGAGCACAGCAUGCAGCUCACCCCGCUGGUGCUGGAGGUAUUUGGGAGAGAGGUGUCCUAGCAGCCACGCCGACCCCCACCACAUCUCUGGUUGGAAGAUAUGGACAGACGAUCCCUCCCGUGAGGACCCCCGGGAGUUAAUUUGUUGAGUUUCUGGAUAGAGGGCUCAGCGAUGGGGGUGAUGAAAAGGUCUCUGAGGGGGAAUAGCGGAAUGGACCGGAAAGUCACACUGUCACAGAAAAGGUUUUGGGGGGUUAAUCAGGGUAUUAUGGGUAAAUAGAGGAGGAAGGGGCUUCGAUAAGGUUGUAAUUUCCCGUUCAUAAGAAAAAGGGAAUUUCAAACAGAAUGUAUUUAUAACUAAACUAUAAAUAUACAGUACCAGUCAAAAGUUUGGAUACACCUAUUCAUUCAAGGGUUUUUCUUUAUUUUUACUAUUUUCUACAUUGUAAAACAAUAGUGAAUACAUCAAAACCAUGAAAUAACACAUAUGGAAUCAUGUGCUAACCAAAAUAAUGUUAAAUAAAUAAAACAUCUAUUUUAUUCUUUAGAUUCUUCCAAGUAUUCGGGUGACCCUUUGCCUUGAUGACAGCUUUGCACACUCUUGGCAUUCUCUCAACCAGCGUCACCUGGAAUGCUUUUCCAGCAGUCUUGAAAGAGUUCCCACAUAUGCUGAGCUGGGCUGCUUUUCCUUCACUCUGCGGUUCAACUCAUCCCUAACCAUCUCAAUUGGUUUGAGGUCGGGUGAUUGGGGAGGCCAGGUCAUCUGAUCCAGCAUUCAUUAUUCUCCUUGGUCAAAUAGUCCUUACACAGCCUGGAGGUGUUGGGUCAUUGUCCUGUUGAAAAACAAAUGAUAGUGCUAUUAAGUGCAAACCAGAUGGGAUGGCGUAUCGCUGCAGAAUGCUGUGGUAGCCAUGCUGGUUAAGUGUGUCUUGAAUUCUAAAUAAAUUAUGACAGUGUCACCAGCAAAAGACCCCCACUCUAUCACACCUCCUCCUCCAUGCUUCAUGGUGGGAACUACACAUGCAGAGAUCAUCCGUUCACCUACUCUGCAUCUCACAAAGACACGGUGGGUUGGAACCAAACAUCUCAAAUGUGGACUCAUCAGAUCAAAGGACAGAUUUCCGUUGUUGUCCAUUGCUCAUGUUUCUUGGCCCAAGCAAAUCUCUUCUUCUUUUAGGUGUCCUUUAGUAGUGGUUUCUUUGCAGCAAUUCGACCAUGAAGGCCUGAUUCACACAGUCUCCUCUGAACAGUUGAUGUUGAGAUGUGUCUUACUUGAACUCUGUGAAGCAUUUAUUUGGGAUGCAAAUUUAAGGUACAGUUAACUCUUAUGAACUUAUCCUCUGCAGCAGAAGGAAACUCUGUCUUCCUUUCUUGUGGCGGUUCUCAUGAGAGACAGUUUCAUCAUAGCGCUUGAUGGUUUUUGCGACUGCGCUUGAAGAAACUUUAAAAGUUUUUAAUGUUUUGGAUUGACUGACCUUCAUGUCUUAAAGUAAUGAUGGACUAUUGUUUCUCUUUGUUAUUUGAGCUUUUCUUGCCAUAAUAUGGACUUAGCCCUAUUUGGUAAAAGACCAUCUUCUAUACCACCCCUACCUUGUCACAACACAGCUGAUUGGCUCAAACGCAUUAAGGAAGGAAGGAAAGGAAGGAAAGGAAUUUCACAAAUGUACUUUUAACAAGGCACACCUGUUAAUUGAAAUGCAUUUCAGGUGACUACCUCAUGAAACUGGUUGAGAGAGAGAAUGGCCACUUUGAAGAAUCUCAAAUACAAUUGUUUUAUUUUUUUGAUACACUUUUUUGGUUACUACAUGAUUCCAUAUGUGUUAUUUCAUGGUUUUGAUGCCUUCACUAUUAUUCAACAAUGUAGAAAAUAGUAAAACAAAAACAUUUGAAUGAGUAGGUGUGUUCAAACCUUUGACUGGUACUGCGUAUACAUACAUGCUAAUAUCUAUAUUUAAGGUUGUUUCUACUAAAACAAAUGGAUGAGUAGUCCUCUGUAUAUAUGUAGGCCCCAAUUUGUGUGCAUAUGAAUGUGUGUAUGUAUUGACGUAGGGUGUUUCAAUUGCACGCACACACAAAUACACCCCGAGUAGAGUGCAAGGGGCCUAUUUUAUCUUUGUUUCUGUAUGAGAAUAGUGAAUGACCACAAAAGGGUGUUGAGUACUGGCUUUGACGAAGUGUUUAGUAGUGGGACUGACAUCUGUUUAAGGCUCCAUUAAUGUAUUGUGGAAAGUGUCGGCCACACACAGGAUAUAUGUGGAUCAUUUGGUAACAAUUUGGUUCUGUUGCCCCCUUUCAAACUUCAAAAUAUACACAUUUAGCAUUUAAAAGCUCUUUCCUUCAUAAGAGUAAAGAGAAACAUGUUUUAUUAUUAUUGGUUAACUAGCUAAACUAACCUGGUAAGGUGACAAACUGCCCUGCCUCAGGGAGAAGUUAGCCUGAUAUUGUUAAUUGUACAAUAUACAUUUUGAGUAGUACGUACGCAAGCUUACAAUCAAGAGGGGGAGUCAUCGCUGGUCAAACCUGUUUGUAAUGAUGUAAUAACUACUAAAACCUUUUAAUCAAAUCUGCAGAUGCUCUUCAUGCCUGAUCAAAUUCUAUUCAUGGUACAAUACAAUUACAAUGUCACCCCCACCAGUUUCUGUUUGAGAGGCAUGUUAUGGCCUUAGUGGGUUGAAGGUUAAGCACAUCACGAGUGCGUUUCCGCUCACGCCGUCUGCAGGUCUUGGUCCCCCUCUUGUGGUCAUUGUCUGUAAAUACCACUUGUUAUUUCUGUACAUAAUAAUGAAAGAAAUAGGCAAAUACUAAGAUAAUUCAAUUGUUGGGAAGAAUGCUCUGGUGAUAUAUGCAAAUAUGAGAUGUGCUAUUUUUUUAUGUUCCUCUAUUGAGGUCUUGAUGAGCUUUGACAGCUAUAUAUAUAUAUAUAUAUAUAUAUAUAUAUACUUUUUUGGGGGUGUGCAAACUCAUUGGUUUUAUUCGAUUUGAGAUUGUGUUUCCUGACAUCAGCGUUCAUGCCGCUGCACCAAAAUCUUUUCACAUACUGAAGAGACAUUCUGACUCAACCUGCUGCUCUGUAAAGCUGCUCUGUAAAGCUACCAUACCGUUAGAACCAGGAAAAAGACAACACAAUCUUGUUCAUGCUCUUUACUACUAACACUGCCUCAAAUCAAACAGACAAGGAUAAAGGCCAAUCAGUCACCGUCGUGGCGGACAUGUCUCUCUCUCCAACACCCCCGGCCAGCCUGGCAGAACUCUUCAUAGCUUUAAUGCGACGGCAUCCUUUCAAGACCAACUCAACAGCUGUAGUGCAUCGAGCUGAUGGGACUGAGUUUGUGAGUAGCGGCUUUGGAUAUGUCACACCGAUGGAAGGUGUGACGUCUCUUACCUGGGAAGUGAUUAACACUGAACUGAUCCAGUGGUGAGAGUUUGGGGAGGUGGGCUCAGGUGUGAAUAAAGGAGUGAAUGUAUAGAAGUGUAUAGAAAGUAAGAAUCACGGAAGUGCAGUGUACAGAGCUCCUGAGCCAAAGUCUGAUAUUUUCUCCCAUUGCAGCAGAUGUCCAGACCCCACUGUGUGUAGACCAGGUGUUGUGGAGAAAGCAUACUCUUUUGUUGUUGCAUUCUAUCACAUAUACAUGAAUCCAUUUAAAGGAAUGCAGGAAAGAUCGGGUCAGGGGUUCUGAUGGGAGGAACUCCUCCAAGAGCUCUCUGCCUGCUGCCAAGCUGGCUCCGAAAGACUGGCCCAAAAACUGCACCCCUCUCCCAAUGCAGGUCAGCAACUCCACCUCAGUAGCCUUACAAAACCCUGUUAAACAUUUAACAGAUACCUCAAUGAAACUGAACACUUUCAUAAUAGAAUAGAAGGGAACCAAACAUGUGACACACACACCAUGAUGUUUCUUCAGCAACUUCUGCAGUGUUCUGUUUUUUAUCAAUCAUAAAGUUGCCAGGUUCUUUUGAAGAAAAACUGCCUGGAGGGCUGUGUUGCAGGCCAUGUAUAGGGAUCCAUUGUCUGUUUUUCAAUCGCAGCUCGAUAAUCAUGUGUAAAAGAGGCAGGCGAUAUAAUCAACGGUCCACAAUGUAAACAAAGAGUCAGUGAAUCCCCAUGGUUCCCACUGCCACUGUCAAAAGUCCAGUCCUAAUCAAUAUUUUUUUAUUUUUUAGGAAAAAGCGAGGCCGAGGAAUGACUCCGUAAUGAUAUGUAUGUCAUGUAGUCACCAUGGCUGAGUUCAGGCAGGGCUUCUGUGAUCAGUACCUUUUUUAGGUUUACUAUGAUGUCACCUGGAUUGGUUAAAAUAAUACAUGAAGGUAAUACAUUUUCUUCUUUCAAUGUAUUGUUAAGAUCAGUCGAUUAUUGCAGACAGGGUCCUGAUGAGGCACUGAUCACAGCGGCCCUGCCUAUAUUUUGGCCUGUAUGGUUGCUGCUGCUGUUGGUGGCUUUGUUGUAUUGCUCUGGUGAUGUGGGAAGCAAGCUGAAUCCUGAAUCCUUGUUAGUUCAUUGUAUAGAGCCCUGUUUUAACCAAAACAAACUACCUCUCCCAUUGCACAUGUAUUUUUGGCAUGAUUGUGUUUCAUCUUUUCUUAUUUUAAUACUAAUUCAUUGUAUUUAUUCAUUUUACUUCUCAAAUGCUGGAUGAUUUAUCUCAACACACCUCAAAAUAAGCCUACAGAUCAAGAGGAAACGGUUGUUACUCCACGUCUGUCUGUCUGUUGGGUUGGGGUUGGGGGGGGCUGAAACGGCUCAUCUUUGUAUUCAGUGUUCAACCCAUUUAUGCUAACUGGGAUUGAACAGCUUGUGAACCGGGAUAUUUUGACAUCACUUCCACGCUAGAGGCCUCGGUGUCAGUUAGCGAUCUGCAUAGUGUGUGUAUGAUGUUGUAGUGUCAAGAUUGAUGGAUUUUAUUAUGAACUGCUUAUCAUGUUUAUAUCCUGUCUUGCUCAGUCACCGGCUCGGUCUGCCCUCAGCUCUGUGUUCUACUGCCCCUUUUAGCUCAUGGUUCUGCAAUCCAGGGAUUUUUUGUAUCACGUGGAUGUAAAGGACACAGCCCCGUGGUAGCACAGUGCUUUACCAACUAAGCAUACUGUUUUAAAUGGGUUUCUGUAAAGGAUUCAAUGAAAACGUGUGUGUGUCAGUUUUUUUGUGGUGAUGGUUGAUGAGGCUGGGCAGUUAUCUACCUACGUUCUUGAGAAGCGUGGAAGUUUUUCUUUAUGAUCGAGAGAGAUGAGGAAAGAUUGAGUAAUCGCAUGAAUGUUGCGCACUGUUUUGGAAUCGUUUUUCUUUUUGCUCUGAUUGUCCUCUGCUACCUCUUUUUAAUAUGCGCUUGCUCACAUGCACACGCACGCAUACAGUACUACAAACGCAUACAGUACUACAGUAUGUGCACAGACUCAAUAUGCACUUCUAUUUCACCAGCAGUUUUUGCCAACGAUGCACUUGUUUGUCUCCUCUGCUCUGGCUUUUGUCUGAAAUCUAUUACUGAUGAUCACUAUAGCAAAUCACCAGUCGUUUAACAUUGAAUGCACAUUAUAGCUCAGUUACCUUGGUGUGCCUAGAAACCAGAGCCUUAUUUUGGGACAAUAAAUAUCAGGGGUUUAUUAACGAAACACAUUUUAAAAAUUCUAAUUUAAGACCAUGUUCAAAUGGCUUUUCACAACUCCGUUUGAUUUGAUUAUCAAUCUUUAUGGGUUAGGAGAACAUGCCAUCAGCUCACCCCUACCGGGAAGCACAUUUUAAAUGCGGAUCCACCGGACGCAAAUAUGCUUCACAUCUUUAAAGCUGAGGUGACGCUUUAGUUUCAGGGGUGGGGAUGUACAGAAGGCCAACAUAACACGUCUAUAUACACUGUCUCACCUGACAGGUUUUAGUCCAUUCAUGUCGACUGCAUUGCUCUGUGGAGAGGAUUUGGUUGAGUAUAUUUGUGUGAAAUAUAACAGAUGGACAUUUUUUACUCUUAUUAUAUUCAGUGCCGUGCUAUGCUAAUGUAGUUAUUAGGUUAGUUGUUAUAUUCAGUGCCGUGCUAUGCUAAUGUAGUUGUUAUUAGGUUAUUAUAUUCAGGGCCGAGCUAUGCUAAUGUAGUUGUUAUUAGGUUAGUUAUUAUAUCCAGGGCCGAGCUAUGCUAAUGUAGUUAUUAGGUUCAUUAUUAUAUUCAGUGCCGUGCUAUGCUAAUGUAGUUAUUAGGUUAGUUAUUAUAUUCAGUGCCGUGCUAUGCUAAUGUAGUUAUUAGGUUAGUUAUUAUAUCCAGGGCCGAGCUAUGCUAAUGUAGUUGUUAUUAGGUUAGUUAUUAUAUUCAGGGACGAGCUAUGCUAAUGUAGUUGUUAUUAGGUUAGUUAUUAUAUUCAGUACCGUGCUAUGCUAAUGUAGUUGUUAUUAGGUUAGUUAUUAUAUUAAGUGCCGUGCUAUGCUAAUGUAGUUAUUAGGUUAGUUAAUAUAUUCAGUGCCGUGCUAUGCUAAUAUGUUGGUAUUUAAUCCCCACUGCUCUCCUUGAUACAUUUUCUUAGGUCAAUAUUAUUGUAUUUAGUUGAUGAUGAAGCAUCAGUUGAUCUUGUGACUGGUCCAAAAACACAACAUACACUGGUGUACUUUGUUGGACAUUUUUGUUGACGGACUUCUGGUAGCCAGACCAUUUCUCAUUUAGUAAUCAAUCAUUGUAAUUAAACUCAAAGUCCCAAGAUAAGUAAUUUUUUAUACAUGCACACCAUGUCAUUCUCAUGACUCAAUGCUUCACACGGUCUUUCAACGAUCUUGGUGUUUGUUAAUGAUAUCAAUGCUCUAGUUGAUAGUAAAACCAUUGUCUGUUCAAUCGCCGGCUGCUUUUCUGUUUCUCUUAUUCUUCUGAAGUUGAUCCAUUGUACAUUGAUUUAUGUGCAUUGUAUGUAGUGUAUAUAAUGUUUUGAAAAAUCACAAAUAAACCUCUGUACAUAUUGAUGCAAAAAA